GUUACCCUGUUAUCGGUCCAAACUCCACAGAUUUUAACACAACAGAAUGUAUUUAUGUUUAUGCAGGCUCCGAUAUUUAUUGCAAAACUAACAAUGGAACAGAACCCGUACAAGUAGUUCUUUUACUGGGCAAUGAUUCGUUUGUUCUUGCUGAAAGCGAACGGAAGAAAGGAUUGUACCGAUUCCAUGACGUUCAUCAACAUAUGGAUGGACUGUCAAGACGGAAUGUGACAUGUCAGGUUUCUAAUGCAGCCAUUGAAACACCAUACGAAGAGCACGGCAUUUUAUGUAGCGUAGAAGAAGGUAACCCGCCCGUGCCAAUAGUUCCUGAGUUCCUUGAUGGAGAAAGCUCGACAGCAAUAUGUGUAGUGCGCGGUGCUAUCCCCGCUCCGGAAAUAGAAAUACACGUUGACAAAGUAUUACUGGCUGAUGCUCAGCAAACCAAUUCAUUUAAUGGAUCAUCGCAUACGUUUACAAGUUUAGCAAAGAUGGCAAAGGCUAACAAAACGUGGAAUGGAAAAGAAAUGUGCUGCACCAGGAAAAUCAUAUAUGAUAUUGGUUUAAACAAUAAGACAGUCUGCAAACACAUUAAUAUGAAAUAUCCGCCGUCGGACCUUUCGAUGUCCAUAAACAAAAUACAUGAAUAUAACAACAAUGUUCAUGUCUAUUUAUUAGACAUGUUUUGUGAAACGAAUGAAUCAAAUCCGCCUUGCACAAUUGAAUGGGCAGGUGUGACCGAUAACUUGCAAUACGUUCGACAAAGAAACUGGACAAAUGGUGACAGUGGGAGGUACCGUUCUGUUUCCAACGUGCUUUUCAGUGCUACUAAAGACAUGUCUGUGACAAUUACAUGUUCAACAAGAUGCGAACAUUUCAAAUCUCAUUUGAAUACAAAUUACACAGUAUCUUUUCAAGGUGACCCGACUAUGAAUUUAAACAGGACAUCACCUGUUAAUUUAUAUCCGGCUGUUACAGUGACAGUCAAAUGCCAUGUUGAUGACUACGAUGACAAAGGACAAUGGACGCUUUGGUGGAAAGAUGAAAAUAGCACUGUGAUGAAGACUUGUAACAAAACAGAUGAAUGCCUGUUAACACUUAAUUAUGCGAGAGAUGGCGAACAUAUAUACACUUGCAACGCUUGGAAAACAAACGAGCUUUUGAGAAAUACCUUGACCGUUAUAAGCACAACGACAGAUGGUAGUCAAUCCCACGAAACUGACAUUCAUACAUUCCGAUUUCCUGUCAACAACAUACUUAUCGGAGCAGGUGUUAUAGGUGGACUCUGCAUCCUGUUUGUUAUUGGAAGAUGUCUGUAUCUUAAACGGCGAAAGGUCAUCGCAAUUAACACAGUAGAAAGUGUUGAAAAUCACAGCGACACCUCGUCGGACAAUGGAGUGCUACAUAUAGCAACGGAAGGAGUCCAGUACGCAGUCGUGCAGAGGCAGGCGACCGCACAGAGGAUUGAAGCGCAGAACCCACAGGAUGACGAAUGCCUCACAUACGCUGAAUUGGACGUUAAGUUCCUACAGGCAGCCAACGCCAGAGUUCCAUCAAGGAAAAAGAAUACGCCGACGGAGUAUGCUGACAUUGAGUUCUUUUCGACACAGGGAGCUGCUGUCGAACAUCCUGGGUACCAUUAUGCAUCAGUGUAGAUGUAGAUCAAAGACUUAAACAUUCUGCCUUAUUGUAUUUUUUUGGUUAUUGUAUUUCAUAUGUAUCAUCUUUUACAAAAUGAAUUGUACCAAUAUUUUAAAGUCUUGUUAAAUUGUUAAAAUCAUAAUUUAAUGUUUUUGUAAUUAUACAUAUAGUCUUCUUAUAAAAAUGUUUUGCUAUAUGG